AUGGGGGCCUGGCGACACAAAAACACAGUCAAUCUCUGCAACUUAUUCAGACAUACAACAUACCCUAUCCCUACAGAAAACGACCCAGCCCCAUCCCCACCUUCCCGUCGUUACAGACUCAACCAGCAGACACGACACAGCAACUACACAGCCACCUCCCCGUCGUUACAGACUCAACCAGCAUGGCGCGACACAACAACUACACACACACCUCCCGUCGUUACAGACUCAACCAGCAGGCACGACACAGCAAUUACACCCCCACCUCCCGUCGUUACAGAGUUAACCAGCAGGCACGACACAGCAACUACACACACACCUCCCCGUCGUUACAGACUCAACCAGCAGGCACGACACAGCAAUUACACCCCCACCUCCCGUCGUUACAGACUCAACCAGCAAGGCAUGACACAGCAACUACACACACACCUCCCCGUCGUUACAGACUCAACCAGCAAGGCACGACACAGCAACUACACACCCACCUCCCCGUCGUUACAGACUCAGCCAGCAAGACCCUACCCCCAAACCACGACCCUGAAACCAGCCCAACACCUACAACAGACCCUACCCCAAAACCACGACCCUGCACAUACCUCCCACACCUACAACAGACCCUACCCCCAAACCACGACCCUGCAACCAACUCCACACCUACAACAGACCCUACACCCAAACCACGACCCUGCACAUACCUCCCACACCUACAACAGACCCUACCCCCAAACCACGACCCUGCACAUACCUCCGACACCUACAACAGACCCUACCCCCAAACCACGACCCUGCAACCAGCCCAACACCUACAACAGACCCUACCCCCGAACCACGACCCUGCACAUACCCCCCACACCUACAACAGACCCUACCCCCAAACCACGACCCUGCAACCAGCCCCACACCUACAACAGACCCUACCCCAAACCACGACCCUGCAACCAGCCCCACACCUACAACAGACCCUACCCCCAAACCACGACCCUGCACAUACCUCCGACACCUACAACAGACCCUACCCCCAAACCACGACCCUGCAACCAGCCCCACACCUACAACAGACCCCACCCCCAAACCACGACCCUGCAACCAGCCCCACACCUACAACAGACCCUACCCCCAAACCACGACCCUGCAUAUACCUCCCACACCUACAACAGACCCUACCCCCAAACCACGACCCUGCACAUACCCCCCACACCUACAACAGACCCUACCCCAAACCACGACCCUGCAACCAGCCCCACACCUACAACAGACCCCACCCCCAAACCACGACCCUGCACAUACCUCCCACACCUACAACAGACCCUACCCCAAAACACGACCCUGCAACCAACCCCACACCUACAACAGACCCUACCCCAAAACCACGACCCUGCAAAUACCUUCCACACCUACAAAAGACCCUACCCCAAAACCACGACCCUGCAAAUACCACCCACACCUAUACAAUUAGCAUACCCUAUCCACAACCAUACAUCCACCAUCACACCUUCAGCAGACUCCACGCCCAAACCAAGACCCUGCUACCACCCUCACCCACACCUACAAUAA